UAACUUGACGGUGUCGCUCUCGCGCUGACAGCCACGUCACCUCCUCGCCACAACUUGACGGUAACUUCGCGGCGUGUACUUCACUAAGUACAUUGACGUUGUGACGUCACAGUGUGGACUCCAGUAAGUACAUCAUCGUCAUUGUCAUUCUUUACUUGCUAAAAUCACGACUGCGUCUCGACUUAGUUAGUCCGCCAUCUCCGUGGCUUUUUUCUUAGUCCCCCCCCCCACUCUCUUGUCACAAAAGUGUUUGUUUGGACUCUUAAUUCCGACCUCGCUUCCAGUCAUUCAUCCAGCAACUUCACUCAUUUCCGCUUUAAAGCGCGUUAAAAGGACCAAAACAUGAACGUCUUCCGCCUGGCGGGUGACGUGUCGCACCUGGUGGCCAUCGUCAUCCUGCUGGUGAAGAUAUGGAAGUCCAAGUCCUGUGCAGGCAUUUCUGGGAAGUCUCAGGUGUUGUUUGCACUUGUCUUCAGCACCAGAUAUCUUGACUUGUUCACCGUCUUUAUUUCUCCCUACAACACAGUCAUGAAGGUGGUGUUUCUGGCUCUGUCCUAUGCCACGGUGUACAUGAUCUACAUGCGCUUCAGGAGCUCCUACGACUCUGAGAACGACACCUUCCGUGUGGAGUUCCUGUUGGUGCCAGUCAUCGGUCUUUCCUUCCUGGAGAACUACGCGCUCACCCCGUUGGAGAUCCUGUGGACCUUCUCCAUCUUCCUGGAGUCUGUGGCCAUCAUGCCGCAGCUCUUCAUGAUCACCAAGACGGGCGAGGCCGAGUCCAUCACCACCCAUUACUUGUUCUUCCUGGGCCUCUACCGGGCGCUCUACAUCGCCAACUGGGUGUGGCGCUACCACACCGAGGGCUUCUUCGACCAGAUCGCUGUGGUGUCUGGUGUGGUGCAGACCAUCUUCUACUGUGACUUCUUCUACCUUUACGUCACCAAGGUUCUACGAGGAAGAGCAAAGAUGAGCCUGCCGAUGCCUAUCUAGCACAGAACCUGAACACAACACCCGACUUCUCAGGGGGACUCUUUAGCUGACAUUCUGACCACCAAAACUAGUACUUUACUUCAAAUUUAAUUAUUGUUGGUUGGUACUUUCUUUUUGA